GUCCACGGAUCCCUUGCGCGUGCAGGGAAAGUUAAAUCUCAAACCCCGAAAGUCGAAGCACAGGAGAAGAAAAAGACCCCCAAAGGCCGUGCCAAAAAGAGGAUAAUUUAUAACAGACGUUUCGUCAACGUGACCACUCUUCCAGGAGGCAAGCGUCGGAUGUGA